AUUCCACUUUUUGGUUGAUCGAGAUUAUGUGGCUAGAAAUGCAGAUGGGUUGCCCAUGGAUGAUGAGAGGGGUUUUUUUUGGAGUUCAAAGCCACAAGAUAAAGGAUUUGAGUCUGAAAAUGAUAUGUCUAGCAGUCUAGGAAUUUUGGAGAUUUAUUCUCCUAUUUCUGAAAUUGAGCUUCAUUCUGAUGGUGUUCGUUUAGAUGCAACUAAUCCUAUUG